AGGAAGUUAAAGAACGAUGGGUAACAUUAUGAGCAGCGGUGAUUCUACCCUGUCGAGACGACAGACACGCAACGGUAGUGGACGGUACCGAACGGCACCGUACGAGCAUUGGGAUUAUACUAGUACCAAGCGAUGCUAUUUCGAGGAUGAGGUCAAAAGUCAGCAAAGCACUCCGGACCCUGGUUCCAAUCGACCACAGCAACAACAACAGCAACAGUCACCGAACGCAGAAAAUUCUCGCAUGCUGUUCCUGUUGUAUCUCAUUCAUCGGACGUGGAAUGUUGUGGUGGACAGCGUUGAUCAGAAGGGGAAAAAAGCACGGUUAGGCCCUCCAAACUCAAAAGAUCCAAAACGCCCAAAAUGUCUGUAUGAUGAUGAUUUUGAUAGCGAUCUGAAUCUCACGGAUUUGGAUGAUCAGUCGAGCAUGUACGGAUCGCAGUACACAUUUUGCACUUGCAGCUACUGUGAGGAGGAAUCCGAACGCGAUAACUAUAACAACAUCUCCGGGAAUCGAUUUUCAUUUUGUGAAAGGCGACGGCGCGGGUUCAUUAAACGUAGAGUUCACGCGAACUCGCUGGAUGUUCUGCCCGGAGAGAUCUGGAUGGUGUCCGAUUGCGAUAAAGCUUAA